AUGGCCCGCCUCGACGUUGACCCGUCCAAGAUCCCCCUCUCCUUGGCCUCCUGCUCCAUCGGCCUGCCCAAGCACUCACUCCACCAGAAGCUCGAGGCAAUCUCCCAGGCCGGCUUCCAGGGCAUCGAGCUCUCCUUCCCAGACCUGCUCUCUCACGCCAACGAGCUCGUCCGCCUUGGCCAGAUCAAGACGAAGUCACCAUCAAAUAGCAAGGAUGGCUCCUCAGAUCAGGACCAAGUAGCAGAGGACGACUGGCCCUCCCUAUGUGAGGCAGCCAAGUCGGCCGCGCACCUGUGCUCAACGCACAACCUGCAGAUCCUAGUCCUGCAGCCCUUCGCCAACUUCGAGGGCUGGCCGCGCGACAGCCCGGAGCGCAAGGCCGUCUUCGCGCGGGCGCGCGGCUGGCUGUCCAUCAUGGAGGCCAGCGGGUGCUCGAUGCUGCAGGUCGGCAGCACCGACUCGCCCGGCGCCAGCGGGGACCGCAAGCAGCUCGCUUCAGAUCUAGCCGAGCUAGCUGACCUGCUAGGAACCAAGGGGUUCCGCAUCGCGUAUGAGAACUGGUGCUGGGCGACGCACGCGCCCGAUUGGAAGGAUGUGUGGGAGAUUGUGAAGCUGGCCGACCGCGAGAAUAUCGGUUUGUGUUUGGAUACCUUCCAGUCCGCGGGCGGCGAGUGGGGUGACCCGACCACCAAGUCGGGGAAGCUGGAGGGCAAGGACGGCGGCGUGGACGAGGCCGCGUUACAGAAAUCGUGGGAGGACAGCAUGCGCGAGCUGGCAGACACCGUGCCGGCUGACAAGAUCUACUUCUUGCAGAUCAGCGACGCGUACCAUGUCCAGCCGCCGCUUGUGCCUCGCCCAGAACCCAAUGACGACACCGGUCUGCGGCCUCGCGGCAGGUGGAGCCACGACUACCGCCCGCUGCCAUACGACGGCGGAUACCUGCCCAUCGCGGACUUCACGCGGGCCGUGCUAGGCACGGGAUUUCGGGGCUGGCUGAGCGUGGAGGUGUUUGACGGACAAUUUGAGAAGAAGUACGGUGAGGACCUGAUGGCGUAUGCGGAAAAGGCGAAGGCCAGCACCGUGAAGCUGAUCCAAGCCGGUCGUCAUGGCGGUGAUGAGGACCUGGGAGACGGCCAGGAUGAUGAGAAAGAGGAGGUGGACAAGGGCGAGGGCAAGCCGUUCUCCAUGCAGGCCAAGCGGAUGCAGAGGAUCCGCGGUAACUACGAGGGCGAGACGAGGGCGCUGCCGAGCGGGCAGGACUGGCCUGAAAGUCACAGCAUGGUGAAGAGGAGGGUCAGUAUGGUGGAGGAGAGGGACAGCCUAAUGGAGAGCAAGGGCGGGCGGGCGGACGGAGGCGGCGAUGUUUAG